CUCCUCCUCCUCCUCCUCGGAGCUGCCCUACUUUUGUCCUCGAUGUGGAGACGAGCUCCGCUUCUCGUCCUUACCUGAGCUGCGGGCUCACCUGGUCAGCCGACACAGCUAUGAGACCCUGCUGGUCCUGUCCCAGGCUCGGGUCAGAAGCUCCAGACCUGGUGGUCCACUCCCACUGCCCGGCCCUGAUGUGUCCCAGAACAAGAGCUGGUCUCUGGGCCUGGAGCUCCAGAGCCUGGCCCUGCCUCUGGCCUGCCUGGACCUGGCCUCAUCGACCGCCUCCAUCCGGCUGCUCGGGGAAAUGCUCGGCCCCAAACACGCCCCGCUGGACCCCUCCUCCGUUCUGGCUCUACCUGGGUCUCCUGGGGGCGCGGUUGGCCAGGCGGGGGUCCAGGCGGGGGUCCAGCUGGGACUAGACUUUGGAGUUCUGGUGGGGAUCGGGCUGGAGGAGCGGCUGGGUCUGGGUCUGGACGGUAAAAUGGUCCAGACGUUCRCCGAGGUGGAGGACAGGGUGAACCGCCGCGUCCGUCGACUGAGGGCGGAGCUACAGAGGAGGGAGGCGGAGCUUGAACAGGAGAGGCGGAGCAGGGAGCGGCUGAGGACUGAGAAGCAGAAGGUUGAAGAGAGGGCAGCUUACCUGUCCAGACAGGURUCGGCUGCUGUGGAGCUGAUGGAGCGAUUAAAGGAGGAUCUGACAGAAAAGGAGAAGGAGCUGAGUGAACGGCAGCAGGAAAUGGCUGAAGUCGAGCUCUAUCUGAGGACAACAGCCCAAAAAGAAGCUGAAGCCAAAUCCAGACUGCAGGUUUUCAUCGAGACUCUGUUGGACCGGGCCGACCGGGCCGAGCGGCUGCUGCUCAGUCAGAACCUCUUCACAUGCGACGACCGCGCGUACCUCGACCCGUUCUCACCGCAGGAGUUCUCRCUCGGACCUGGACGAGGGGGGCGGAGCCUGGACGGAUCUGUUGAUGACAUCAUCAUCCACAGGAUGCAGGAAGCCGUCGGAAACAGGAGAAGCUACAGCAUCUCAGGUUCUGUUGGACUCGGAGAGCUUCAGACCCACCGUCACUGCAGCGCUCUGACUGAACACAUGCGGACCCUGUCUCUGGGCUCUGGGGUCUGGGACCCCCACCCCUCCCACUGCGCGACAUCCUGGGCCCGACCCGGGAGAGGAGGAGGAGGGGACCGGGUCUGGGUGGAGGAGGAGGGAUGGGGGAGAACGUGGAGUAAAAGAAACCUUCGUCACCACAGCACCGAGGAGGAAGAGGAGGAGGAAGAGGAGGAGAGUUUGUGGAGCAGAGCUGAGUUGAAGAGGCUCAUCUUUGCCAGAAUCGACACACCUGGAUCAGACACGCCCUCCUCCCUUGGCUCCACCCCCUCCCGCCGUCACGGCGAUAAGCCAACGCUUGUAGCAAACACCCAGAGGAUGAGGGCGGGGCUUUUCUGCAUCUUCCCGUAUUUGGACGUGCGCUCGCUGCUGCGCGCCGCUGAGGUGUGCGCUGAUUGGCGGUUUGUUGCCAGGCACCCAGCGGUUUGGACACGCCUCCGACUGGAGAACGCUCGAGUGUCUGCAGAGUUCCUGACCACCCUGUCUCAGUGGUGUACUCAGACCCAGUCUGUGAUCCUGAACAACCUGAAACCUCGGAGCCGUCGAGCCGACGAGACGAGAGAGGAUUACCACAAAAGCACACGAGGGGGCGUGGAGGCGGGGCUGGAGGCUCUGCUCUGCUCUGCAGGGGGACGUCUCCUCCACCUGUCUGUCUCUCAGUGUCCUCACGUCCUGACAGAGAGGACACUGUGGCUCGCCAGCUGCUACAGCAGGAACCUGCAGACACUCACAUACAGGUGCCUGCAGCCCUCUCGUUUUGAUGACCGCUGCCUGCAGACGAUUGGACGAUGUUGGCCACACCUCCUGUCGCUCGGUGUGGGCGGAGCUAGCUGUAGCACUCAGGGAUUGGUUGGUGUAGUGCGUAGCUGCACUCACCUGCAGCAGCUGGAGCUGGAGUGCGUCCCCGACCUGAGCCUGCAGGUGGCGUCAGAGCUCUGUACACCUGGACUGAAGAGUCUGCAGACCCUGAUCCUGGUCCACACCCCGGUCAGCGGUCAGGCCAUCCUGCACCUCCACAGUGCGUGCAGCAACCUCAGGUCCAUCAGGGUCCAGGUCUCAGCCUCGGACUACUUUGAAGAGCCAGAGACUCAGGAAGCUCAGCACCUGUUUGGAGAGAUACUCAGCACCCUGAAGGUUCUUCAGAACCGGCCCGGACUCAGAGAUGUUCUGCAGGUUAAAGCUGAAGGAUUCUGCUGACCUCAAACCGGUUCUGACCUCUGAAUCACUAAUUGGACCUGGUUCUGACCUCUGAAACACUAACUGGACCUGGUUCUGACCUCUGAAACACUAACUGGACCUGGUUCUGACCUCUGAAACUCUAACUGGACCUGGUUCUGAC